CUUGAAGGAGACGUACAUAACUGUGGACGACCUGUAGGGUGCAACCACAGCACAAAAGUACAGCAUACGCAUAGGAUACACUUCCUGCUAAGUUGAAGACCGCUAUAGCUACACCUUUAACUGCCGAGCGCUACGUUCGGACCACGCUGAUGUGCUCGCUACUUGAAGCCGUUCUGGCGGACCACAUGACGUGAGUGCGUACGCGCCGUGACUGAGAGAGAAGAUGGCGGACGGGGAGGGAGAAACGGAGAUGGGGCCGAAAGAGCGAGCAGAAAAAACGGGAGAGGAUUCUCCUUUCGCCCUGGACAGCCUGCUGAAGAACCUGCGUGAGCUGGAGGCCGAGCUCCGGCAGCAGGACGUCUCGGUAACUUCGUCCGGUGACUACUGCAGCAGCUUCUGUGAGAUGCUUGUUCAGUAUGCUGGCAGUCGGAAUGCUCAGGAGCAUGGCCUGUCUUUGCUGGAAGUUUAUCGGCUGUCCAUACAGAGCUUUGCUCUUGCAAGGCCUCACCUCACCACAGAAUGUGAAAACGUGCUGUUGGUACUCGGACGGCUAGCGCUGAGCUGUUUUGAGCUGCUACUUUCAGUGCCUGAAAACGAAAUACCAUAUGAAGUUUGGCUGCAGUUUCAUCAGUCUGUCCUGAGUGCUCACAAAGCCUUGCUGGAAUUUGGUAACGGUGUUCUGCUAGCUCUGCUGGAGAUCACCAAUGAAGGCGGUGCUUGGAGGAACCCAGUGCUCUUAAGAAUUCUCACUCAGCAGCCCACUGAACCACAAGAAGUGAGUAAAUUCAUUGCACAGGAAGGUCCUGCUUUCCUGGAGAUGCGGAUAAAGCACUUAAUCAAGACAAACAACGUACCUCAGGCCAUGCUGCUGGCUAAGCUGUGUGCCGAGAGUGGCGAGAUUGCGCACCAAACGCCCUUUCGCCAGGUCUAUAUCUCCCAUCUCUGUGACAUGCUGCCCAGCGAGGAGGCUAUCCAGGAGAUUUCCAAUGUGGACUGUAAAGAGAUUCUGGAUAUGGUCUGUAACCUGGAGGCAGAAGGACAGGAGAAUCAAGCCUUUAUACUCUGCACCACAUAUCUCACACAGCAGCUGCAGAAGGGAAAUAUGUAUUGCUCAUGGGAGCUGACCCUUUUCUGGAGCAAGUUACAAAGAAGAAUCGAUCCUUCCUUGGAGACCUUUUUAGAUCGCUGCCGGAGGUUUGGUGUCAUAGCUAAAACAGCGUACCACCUGCUGUUCUUGGUCAGAGUUAUUCAGACUGAGACAGAAGAGCUUGGUCUGGCUGUGUCAGUUGAGCUUUGUGUAAGGGCCCUCCAGAUCCCAUCCCAGGACAAUGCAGACACCAAGAUGUCUGUUUGCAAAAUGGUAGCUUGCCUUCUGCCUGACGACCUGGAAGUGCGUCGUGGCUGCCAGCUCACAGAGUUCCUCCUGGGUCCGACACAGGAGGCCUACAACUUGCUGGAAGAGCUGUACCUGAAGCCUGACCAGAAAUACGACGAAGGGAACAGCAUCGUCCCCAUCUCUCUGCGCUGCGAAGUCCUUCUGGCCCUCAAAGCGCACUGGCCUUUCGACCCUGAAUUCUGGGACUGGAAGACCUUAAAACGCAACUGCCUUAAGCGGUUGGGUGUGGAGUCGUUGGAUGAGUCUGGGGAAGAGGAGCUCCAUGAUGGAGAGCAGCAAGCAAACGAUCAAGGGGAGAGUGUAGCCCACCAAAGCCAUUCAGGAGAGAGCUUCCUUUCUGACAAGGAGGAGGAGAAAGAGCAGCAGCAAGUGACACCGACUCAGGCGGGUUGGAAAAAGAAGAAAAAGCAAGUAGGCACCUCUGAACGAUACAAGAGGUGGCUGCAGUACAAGUUCUCCUGUGUGAUCUGCAGCAGGGAGGUGAUUGAGGCACGGAUACUGCACCAUGCGAAGACACACAUGGUGAAUGGUGUCUUCACCUGCCCUAUCUGCCUCCAAAAGUUCGAGGGCAAGCACAAGUUUGUGCCACACCUCGCAGAGCAUGUUCGCAUGCCUGCCAGGAGAAGUGAACAACCUAAAAAAAAAAUAGAAAAGAAGAAAAAGGUGAAGGUGAAGGUGGAAACAUUGGAGGAAGGAGGAGACAUUGAGGAGUUAGAACUAGGAGAGAUUAAGAUUGAUUGCUCCACCCUGGAAGAUGAAGCGUUACAGUCUUCUAGGAAGCCAGCAGAGGACGAUUACAUCACCUUCAGCUAUAUUGCUGAGAAUUUUGAGCUGAGGGACAGAGACAUUUACCCUUGUCCUGCCACCGACUGCCUUAGACUAUUCAAGCACUUCAAGUACCUAAGUGUGCACCUCAAAGCGGAGCACCCAGAGUCAGACGUCAAUGCAAGGCACUAUUUAGAGAUGAAGGACCGUCGGGAAAAGUGCACUUUCUGUCGCCGCCACUUCCUUACCCCCUUUCACCAUCGACAGCACAGGCGUGUGCACUACGGAAAGCUGCCUUACAUGUGUGUGGCUGCUGGCUGUGGUGCCCGCUUCAACUCCACCAAUGAACUGGUGGCCCAUAAACAGGCGCACGGUUACCAGCUGAGCUACCAAUGUGAGCUGAAGGGCUGCAGCCUGACUUUCAGCGAUCUGGGGCAGCUCUAUCACCAUGAGGCCCAGCACUUCAGAGAUGCUGCAUACAGCUGCAUUCAUCCCAGCUGCAAGAAGUUCUAUUACUCCAAGAAGGAGUUUGCAAAGCACCUGGCCUCUCAUGGUUUAACCUUCUCUGAGGAUAACUUAAUGUCUUACAGGAAAGUAAAACAGGAUUUUGAGGGGCCACUAGGGGAAUCUGUUGUAGGUCCUGUUGAAGGAAGUAAAGCUGAAAACGCAGAUGUCCCAAAAUCCAUCUUGGAAGAACUCAUGAGUGGAAUAAAAACAGAGACUCCAGACUUCUCACAAUUAGCUGAGAACCCCACCACUCCUGCACCUGUUCCUCCAGCCAGUGGGUCACUCACUGGCACCUUGACCAGUGUGGCAGUCUGCUUUGACGGCAAAAAAUUCACAUGCGGUUUUGAGGGCUGUGGUCUGACCUUCAUCCAGGCAAGAGACAUACAGAGACAUCUGAAGAACGUUCAUCCUUUGCAGUUGAAGCGCCAUAAAAAGGGAGAGAGAACCAAAAAAAUGUGCAAGAAAAGUGCCUCAAGUAGAAAGCACCAGAGCCAGAGCAGAAAACCACUUCGCUUUCAGGAACACAGCUCAGGCGGCCAUUCCAGUUCGUUGCCUGACCCUGAAUUGGGACAGAGUGAUCCCCUUUCUACUGAAAUAGACUUUCCAAACCCUGCUGAAACUCAACCAAGCUCCAGCAAUGAGGAGUCUUUGAUAGAAAUAAUGGCACGCAUGAGCCAGCUGAGUUUGAAGACGCCCAUAAUUGCUGCUUCCUCUCCAACGAGCCAUUCUGUUGUGGGGUCUUCCUUUUCACAGGUGUCUCUUCCUUCCACCGCUGGUGAUAACUCCCCUACCAAGCCAACGGGCAAGAAGGCAGCUUUGAAAUCCCAGCCUCACCAGUGUGGCUACAAGAAGGAACUACCAGCAGCAGCGGCUGAGGAACCAUCAACUCCUCCUUUGCCACCACAGCUGCCCUCGCAGCACAACAAACCAGUAUCCCAGUUUCUGGUUCAAGCCAGCAAUAAGCCCUAUUUCUGCGAACUCAAGGAUUGCAAGUAUAGGAGUGUGGCUCGGGCAGCUCUCUUGGUUCACUACCUUAAAAAGCACAGCAUGUCCAAGGAAAAGGUGAUGGGGAUGGAGAUGUUCCACAGGAAGUUCAAGCCCUUUGAGUGUCACCUUUGCCCUAGUGCUUUUACCAGGAAAUCACAACUAAGACUGCACUUGAUGAGCCAGCACAAGCUCAGCGAAACAUUGGUAGCACAGAUGAGUUGUUCGAAGAGGAGGGGCAACAGAGAUAAGAAUAAUGCAGAGAAAGUGCCCGAUUCCUACGGCAGUGGUGUAAGCCUUGAUCCAGAACUGCCAGAAAAGGGGCAACAGAAAAAGGAGGCUUCAAACUGGGGGAAAAAAUUCCAAAAGCGUAGGAGGGUUGGGGUUUGCAGUACUGAAUUUGAGAAAAAAUUGCAGGAAGGAGAAGAGGAGAUGAAGGAAGAGGAGACUGAUGUAAAAGCCACGUUACCUGCCAUAGAGGAUAACGGCGAGGAGGAGGCCAGGGAGGGGCGGGGAAGCAGACGUUUGGUGGCCAAAGGCAAUCUGUGUUACAUCCUGACCAAAUACAACAAGCCUUUUGAGUGCGUGCACAAGGGCUGCAGUUCAGCCUUCACCAACCAGAAUGGCCUCAUCAGGCACCUUCGGUUAGUGCACCGCUACAACCGAGAUCAGCUGUGUAUGGAGGGUGGCCAGCAACAAGGUGGGGGAGCCAAAAAGGACAGGAAAUGCAGCAAGCGCUUUCGCAGCUUAUCUGGCCUGGUUAGGGACAGUGAGGAGUUCCACAGACCGGAGCCAGAGGGAUCCCCGGAGCCAGAGGGAUCCCCGGAGCCAGAGGAAACCCCAGAGGCGCAGACUUUGGCUUCAGAGGAACCCAUACCUCAGUUCAGCUGCAGCUACAGUGAUUGCACAGCCAGCUACCACCUUUACAGCAGCUUGCUGCGGCACCAGCACCUGUUACACAGGGACCAGACCCUGCAGCCCUGCAAUAGGAAACGCACACGUAGCAACCUCCGCUGCACCUACGAAGGCUGCACCCGAGUCUUCUCCCACCGCAAUAACUACGAGCAGCAUGUCUUCUGCAUGCACAGGAACAACUACGACUCCUUCGUUCUCCGGCUCCAGAAUGAGAAGGAAGAGGACAGAAACAAAGGGGCCAGUGGUUGCCAAAAAAAAUUAAUCUCUGUUAUUGCCACUUCAUCUCCCAGUCUCAGCCCUCCACUGCAGUCACCACCAAGACAGGGGAAAGGGCCUACUAAGAAGGUUUUUAUGAAAGGCAAUCUUUUGCUCAGGACACCCGAGGAGGCCCUGCAGAUGUGUGAGGACAGGAAUAUUCCAGUGGCGUACCCUUGCAUGGUGCAGGACUGCGAGUCAGUGGUCACACUAGAGAGCAGCCUGAUCCGUCACUACAAGCACUGUCACAACAUAAGACGUACCUACCUGGGGAAACACUAUGAUAAGCUGGUCAACAAUGCAGAGAAACUGGAGGCGACGAUCCAGAAGAACUCCACACCACCUGUCCCAACACUGCUAGAUAAAGCAGUGAAUAUGGAAUACCAAAAGGAGCUGAAGAACCCUUUGGCCUCAGAGUUGCCUGUAAGCCUGCCUUCCAUAAAAUCAUCCCUGGAUGAGCAGGACCAUUUGGGUUUUGGAGAAGAGGUCUCUGAAAACGACUUUACUUUGGACGCUGAUGACCUCCUUUAUGGUGAGGCAGUAAAGAAAAGCAGAUGCUACAGCAGCAAUGGGGGGCAGCCCCGGAGAAACGGCUUUGGGUUUGAGAAGAAGCCAGAACCACCACCACCUCCACCCCCAACAUUGCUUUGUUUUAGCAGAGAGGACGGUUUCCUGGAUUUAACCUGCAAAGGAGGUGGCAAGGGGACGGGGUCCUUCUCCAGCGUCUCUAGGCCACCCCUGAAACGCAAGAAUGAGCAGGCGGACCCCCUCCUGACAGCCAAAGAGAACUAUCAAUGCCCUCGCAACCUCCAUAACCGGAGCCCCACACCCAGGACAUUUGACCUGAAGACCUAUAAACCCAUGGGCUUCGAGUCAUCCUUCCUCAAGUUCAUCCAGGAAAGUGAGGGCAAGGAUGAGGUCUUUGAGGAAAGCCCCCCUGAGCCCCAGGUUGUCAUUAAACGCAGGGAUGCUCACAGGCGGGGCUGCUCUGUGAAAGAGAACAGUCGGAGAAGAUUGGGGCGAAACAAAAAUGGCUCGCUGGUACAUGGCAAGCUGUCGGCAUUUCAGCCUCUGCUGUCUGCAGGUGAAUCUGCCACAGUGCAGAACCUGAGGUCCAUCUUGGACAAAGCACUGACAGACUGUGGGGACCUAGCCCUCAAACAGCUGCAUUAUCUCAAGCCAGUGGUGGUGCUUGAGAGGUCUAAGUUUUCGACAUCUUUGUUAGAUCUGUUUCCAACAAAAAAGGCAGAUGAACUUUGUCUGGCGAGUUCUUGAAAACCAAGAAUUAACUAAGACUUUGAUUCCAGUAUUUUUUGUUAUUGUUUUUAAUCAAAAAGAAAAAGAAAAAAAGAAAAGUUGCCAAACUGUAAAAGCUCAAGUACCUUCAAUAAAUAAUAGCAGGUAUUGCUUUCUAAAAACAUGUAGUAAAAUGAGGUGUUAACAGAAUGUUUGUAUGUAAAACCCCAGGGUUCUUUUUUUAUAUAAAGAAUUCUAAUAAAUUAAGUUCAGUGGUGCUAAAUUAAACACGGUAUUGAUAUCUGGGGCUUCCUUAUGAAAUUUUGCAUGAUCGUAUUGAACGUGUACAUAGAAAGAUCUUUCUUUUUUGGAGGGGGGGUUGAUGUCACAAGUAAAUAGAAUGUGCACUCCAAGGGUGCUUGUAAUAUAAUGUACACUACAAUUCACUUUUUUUUUUAGUUUUAAAUACCAAAUAAAUUACUUACUUUUUUUCCCCGCAGUAUUUGUGGAGGUCAGUAACACUUGGAUGUUUUUUUUUAAAGAUUUUGUAGGGUGCAAGUAUUACCGUGAGUUUGUAUGUAAACGGUGGAUUAUCACAACCAAGGGUAAAGAACAGAAGUUAAUCAACUUUUUCUUUUUCCUAAUGUAAAUGCCUUUUUUCUUGGAGAUUUUAGAAGGGAGACAUUUUCCUUGUCGUGACUGGUUUUUGAAGAUCAAAGGUAAUUGUUUAGUGUGGACUUGAUGAAUUUUGUUUGUUCAGUUUCAAACAUCCCACCGCAUUCAUAAUGGUGGUCAAUAUACUGCAGAUUUUUUCUGUUAAUUAACAUUUUUGUUUAACUAAAAUCUGCAUUUUUUCUCAACAAAAUAUGACUGAACCAACCAGACCUGUAAUCAGAAUAGGGCUGUAGGAUCCUCUUAAUGGCACCAUGAAGUGGGCAAAAGGAACAGCCAAGACCAUUUUGCCUCAACACUGCCGAAGGGACAGUUGUGUAGUUUCCAUUUUGAAAUAUUAUAUAUAAAGUUCGAAGAGAUUUGUGGACUUACUCUAAAUACCCACACUAGACACAAGGAAAGUUCAAUGAGAUUUUUCAAUACAGAAAUACAAAAGCACAAAUCAUCUGCUUUGCAUCAGAGACGAUCAAUCGUAUCAAUCCUCCAAUCUAACUCUUCUAAAUGUACUUGUUUACAGUUACUUAAAAGCUGUUCACCUGUACUAACUUUUUGCUUGCUUAUUAAGGUUCAUUGAAAGUUACUCAACAGGUAAUGUAACUGUAAUUCAGUUACUGUAGUUUCAUGCAAUUGUUUUAUUUAGUUGUGUUUCAUGUGGAGACUGCACCUAGAGGCAACACUGCCUCAGUGGCUGUCUGGUUGUGAUUUAUAAUCUAAAGUCCUCUCCACGAUGCUUCUUUAAUCCCCAACGGGAUCCACAGUCUUUCGGCGUUGUCCUCUUUAAUUCUUCAACCAUAACAGUGGUCCAACACAGGCUUUGAGUUCUUAAGGUAAUUCAAGUUCCAACGGUUUUUAGCCUUUUGUGGGUUUAACAGCCUUUUCUAAAUAUGAUUUAGUUCUGUAAAAGCCCGUAGCUGAUUGUCCGAAAAAAGUCAAUUUCAUCAUUUCUGUGGUUAGAAACUUUGCCUUUACUUCUUUGAGGAGGUUGCUGACUGUUGCUGUCCUUUCUGUGCCCUCUUGUACUUGCAGCAAAAUGGUGUAACACUUGCACGGUUGUUUCAUUGCAGAAAUGAAACAAUUAAUAAUCGGUUUACUGGGAAUACCUCCUCACACUACCAGGCAGUGAUCAAUGCUAAGGGAGGACCCACCGAGACUAAAGUUGAAAAAAAAGGUUGUAACAGUACAUCUGGGUACUAAUUAAUAAUGCUUAGUAACACUUAAUUAGACCUCAAUUCUAUGACAUGUUAUCAGAUAGAUUCUAAUUCAUGGUGCCAAAAAACAACUGACCAAUCCAAGCAUUUUCAGAAGAUCAACCUGAAACGUUGGCUGCCCUAAAAGCUGCCCCUCAUCAGCAGUUCCUGAGUUCAUUUCUAUUUUGAGAUGACAUUUACAUGUUGUCUUUAAAGUAAUUUUUCAUAUUUCAUACUUCAUCUUGUAAUUCCAGGAUUGUAGAGUGGAGCAUCAGGGUAAUGUUACAAUAAAUCUUGGUAAUAAAGUUUCAACAAGUUAUAACAGGACCUUGGGAAACUUAUGGCUGAAACAUGACAAUUUUGUAAAUUACAUACUACGUAGUUCCUAUUAUAAACUUUUUAUUUUUUACCCAGGAUAACCCAGCUGAGAUGUUACAGGCAUAACGGCAUAAAUUGUCCUUCGUCUUUUUAAAACAAAAGUGCCACUACAAACUGAACCUAAACUGGCUUUAGUUUGCAUCUGAAACAUUAAACUGAAACUAAGGAAAUCCUAUGAAAAUGCAGUCCAAACUGCCUUGAUACAAUUCAAAAUCUUGCUGCUUCUGUUUCUCAAAAGGAUGUUAAUAAAAAAAAAGCCUUGUGGUCUGUGGCUGUUAACAAUUUACAAGUGAUUUUAAUAUAGGUCAUUAUUCAAAUAUUUCUGUUACUUCAUUUACUUUAUUUGCUAUAGAUAUUCUUCAGAGUGCCUUUGUCACCAGAAUAUGUAUUUUUCAGGUGCAUUUUAAAUCUUCACAAAACUGUAAUUCUGUUCUUUAGACGGUUUUUAUUUUGUUUUUUAUUUUUUUUAAAUCAAAAGAAAAUGGGUGUUGUAAAAAUAAUAUAAAUUAAGAACAAAGUGUUUUGGGUACCAACACUUAAAGGUAGGAUUAAUGUUUUUGCUUCCAGUAGCAGAGAAACACAAAUAGUAGUCAACCCCCUCUUAUGAUCAUGGCUCAAUUCCCACAGUAACACGUGCACUAAACCACGAUUUUAUCUAAAGCUGGAUACACCAUAAGCAUCAACCGGAAAUCUUAGAUUCUGCUGCUUGUUUAUGAGUAUUUAUAGUAACAUGCAGUACGAGACAAUAGGAGUCCAAUGUAAAGGUCUAGGUUUGCACUCUGUAAUGUUGUAUUCAAAGGAGAAAAACACUUACAGUGAAAAGGUUUAUUGAGCAUUCACAAGUUGUGUUUUGUUCAUAUUAAUGUGGCUCUUAAAUGGGCUUAUUUUAUAAAUAAAAUCUGUGCAGUUAGUUUCUGUUAAAAGAAAAAAAAAAGUAUUUAUACCGCAGAUGCAUUACUAAGUAUCUGUGGUUUAAACAGGUGCAGAUUCUUCAUUUGAAAGCAGUGACAGUUAAUAUUCAGUUAAAGGGAAGGCUCUGUCAAUUGUAGCAAAGUACUGAACCCUGUUUCUUUCAUUAACUUUAUAGUAAUUUGCCAGACAGAAGAUAUGCUGUUCAAAUAAAAAAAAUCUUUACAGUUAUAUCCAAUUUUUAAAUUCUGAUUUAUCAUUGCUCAUACUGUAUCUCAAAAAACAAAUGUAGAUCUUCAAAAAAUUGUGAAAAUACGGCUCACUGAUUUUAUUUGUUCUGUAACAUACAAGAAAUACAAAAUGUGGUUGGAUCUGUCCGUCUCAUUAAGAACAACUUCUUGGCACAUUAAGCACUUCACAGGCGUGAGAUUUGUUUUGCAGAUACUGUACUAAUGUGAUUUGACGUUUUUGUCUGUGAAACAUUAAAUGGAGCACUGUU